AUGUACUGGUUUGAUUCACGUCAAAUAACAGAUAAAAUAUAUAAAUGCGAUAAGGAGAUAUGCAUCACCCAUAUUGAAAUUGUAUAUCGCGAACGAUGGAUCUCUCAAUUGAUUCAACAAUUCAAAGACAAGUUUGAAAUAUCGAUUGGUUUUCAUCAAGAAGAAACUGAUGUUGAAAAAGUAGUGCGUCAAUUAGCUCAUGAUAAUAACAUUUGGACAUCAACAUUAUAUCAUCCUGAUGAUUUACCAUAUAAUAAUCCGAAAGCGUUUCCUGAUGUAUUUACACAAUUUCGAGUAACACUCGAUAAAAAAAGUAUUCGAGUACGAUGUUUGAUCAAUAUUUCUAAUACAUUUAAACCAUUAUCAGAUGAUUGUGUUAUAACAUCUAUACCAAGUUUAACAGAUUUUGGAUAUUCAAGUACGAUAGAUUAUUUACUUUUACUUAUUGUGAUUGUGCAUCCUAAUAGUGUAUUUUCAUUUAAAGGUGGUGAAUCAUUUGGACUUGCUCAUCUACAAGAAUAUGUUUGGGAAAAAAAUUUAGUUCUAUCUUACAAACAAACACGAAAUAGUUUGACUGAUUCAGAAAAUUCAACAAAAUUUUCUCCGUGGCUAUCGAAUGGAUCAUUAUCUUCUCGUAAAAUCUUUUUUGAAUUAAAAAGAUAUGAAAGUGAACAAGGUAUACCUGAUGCUGGAUAUUGA